AUGGGUGUUGUGUGGGACUUCAUUGUGUCUAUGAUGCGGGAAUCCUUCCCGCCGAAGCCGACUUGGACGGCGGAAGACAUCCCUGACCUCACUGGCAAGGUCGUCAUCAUGACAGGCGGUUCAUCUGGUAUUGGUUAUGAGGCGUCAAAGGUUCUGCUGUCAAAGGGAGCUACGGUUUACAUUGCAUGCCGCAAUCCUGAUAUCUCUACCCUCGACGAAGUCAAGGGAAAGCCAGGGGCGAAGUUCCUUCGUAUCGACUUGGCGGACCUCGACUCGGUUCAAGCCGCAGCGCAGGAGUUCCUACGGUCUGAAUCUCGCCUUGACGUUCUCUAUUGCUCUGGAGGCGUUAUGAUACCACCUGUGGACCAACUCUCCGCGCAAGGUUACGACUUGCAAUUUGCCGUCCACGUUCUCGGCCACCAUUACCUGCUCAAGUUGCUCCUCCCCGUUCUUCAGCAGACGGCGAAGCUCGACACUGCUCAGAAGCCUCGCGUGAUCGCUGUAUCAUCAGGGGCGCACCAUCUCCACAAACUCGACUUCGACACUUUGAAGGACGGCCCAGCGCGUCGUAAGGUCAGCACCGAAGGCCUGUACGCGCAGAGCAAGUUCGGCACCGUCGUGUGGGCUAAGGAACUAGGGAGGAGGUAUGGCGACGAGCUUGUGUCGCUCUCCCUAAACCCCGGAAAUGUCGCCACGAACUUGCAAAGACGGGUGACCGGCUUCCAGAGGGCGAUGAUUUCCUGGAUGCUCCAUCCCGUGGUGCCCAACGGGAUAGUUACUCAUCUGUACGCUGGUUUUGCGCAGGAAACUGCGGAUUGCAACGGCAAGUAUCUGAUACCUUGGGCCCGAGUGGGCAAACCUCGUGCAGAUACGCAGGAUCCUAAGGUUGGAGAGGCGCUUUGGGAUUGGCUCGAAGCUCAGAUCGCUGGACGUCAGUAG